GGCUUGGUGGGUGGUGACUCUCCCGCUCCCGCCCGCGGCCCCCCGUGGCUCAGGGCCGCUGUUGCUCCCUGGCGACCUCCUCGAGCGCCCCCUCGCCCGCCGCCGCCCCGCCGCCCCAGCGCGCCAUGGCCUCCUCGAAGUCCACCUCCCUCGGCGAGCCCAUCCUCGAUGGGCUGCCGAUCUGCGUGCCCCAGAUCCUGAUGCCGCGCGCGGACAUCCCCCUCGACAAGUGGGCGACGGUUGCCUGCGACCAGUUCGAGUCUGAGCCGGCGUACUGGAAGGAGAUGGCCGAACACGCGGCGGGAACCCCGUCGGCCCUGAACAUCGUCUUCCCGGAGGUCUACCUCGCGUCCGUCACGGGGGCGGACCCGUCCGAGGACACCAAGCGCAUCGAGCAGAUCGGCAAGACCAUGAGGCAGUACGUCGCCGACGGCGUCUUCCGCGAGCGCGCCCCGGCGUUUUUGGCCCUCGAUCGCAAGACAGAGCAGGUCCCUUCCCGCAAGGGCUUGAUCAUGGCAGUCGACCUCGACGAGUACAACUACAACUGCCCCGAGCCCACGCUCAUCCGGCCCACGGAGAAGACCAUCGUGGCCCGGCUCCCCCCGCGCAUCGCCAUCCGCAAGGACGCCCCGCUCGAGCUGCCGCACAUCAUCAUGAUCAUCGACGACCCCGGAAAGACCGUGAUCGAGCCCCUUUUCACCACUGAUGGGCUGACGACUCCGGAGUACGAGUGCAACCUGUUCAAAGGCGCCGGCUCCGUCAAAGGCUUCACCGUCACGCCCAAGGGCACCGAGCACGUGGCCUCCGCCAUGAAGGCGCUGUCUGCGAAGGAGUUCGCCGCCGCCGAGGCCGCGAAGCGAAAGCCGUCCACCAUCCUCAUCGGUGACGGCAACCACUCGCUGGCCACCGCCAAGAGCUGCUGGGAGAACCUGAAGACCCAGGAGGGGAUCAACAAGGAGACGCACCCAGCGCGCUACGCGCUUGUGGAGCUCCAGAACCUGCACGACGACGGCGUGGUUUUUGAGCCCAUCCACCGCAUCCUGGAGGGCGCCAAGGCAGACGACAUCCAGUCGACGCUCGAGACGGCCUGGGGCUGCAAGGCCACGCCCUUCGUGAGCCCGCAGCCCAUUCACUCCGUCGUCAUCGUGAGACCAGAGGGCAGGUUCACGCUAGUGCCGCCGAUGGAGAAGCUGCCCAUCGUGUCCAUGACGGAGCCCAUGGACGAGUUCGUGGCCGCGCACCCAGAGGUGAAGAUCGGCUACGUGCACGGCGAGGAGCCGGUCGACGAGGCCGUGAAGGAGGGCAAGGCCGUCGGGCUGUUGCUGCCCAAGCUCGACAAGUCCCGGUUCCUCGACACCGUGCACGCCAUCGGCACGCUGCCGCGCAAGGCCUUCAGCAUGGGCGAGGCCAACGAGAAGCGCUUCUACAUCGAGGCGCGCAACAUCUUGCCAUGAGGGCAAUCUCCAGGGGCAGCGCGAGGGGGGAUAGGUUCAGGUCCCGCCGCCUUCUGAGAAGCCCUUCUCCUUCUCGUUUCCCCCCCUCGCUCGCCGCCGAUGCUCCGCAACGUCGGACCUCGGGGGACAGGAGAGGGCGCUCCGCGAGGUCUGUUUUCGAGCCGCACCGCCACCCCGCACAGUUUUGCCGGCGCCAUCUCUUUCUCCGAGCGGGGGGCGUUUUCGUGCUCCAAUGAGGGCGCGCGCGCCGCUCCCCCAUCUCGUCAUCGUCAUCGUCAUCGCCAUCCUCGCCGCCCCGCCCCGUCCGCGCAGUGUUCUGCUGGCGCCACGUCUUUCUCCGAGCGGGGGGCGCCUGCGUGCUCCAAAAGAGUGCGCGCCCGCGCCGCUCCCCCCUCGUCCGCCCCGCGCGGUGCUCUCCGGCUCCUGCUGCGGCGGCCCGCCCGGGGAGGGGGGGGGCCAGAUAGAGGCCAGUCUCUGCCUCCUCCUCCUCCUCCUCCUCCUCC